AUGUAUUCUUUAGGGAUGAAGACGCCGGCCUGUAAAGAGGAGGUCACCAAAAAAUGGCUUCAAACCAUACUCAGCCAUUACGAGUCAAAGUCCACGCCAGGUACUUCGGUCGUUAUCACACACUUCGAGGUCAAUCCAGGGAUUAAACCUGGAGAAAAUUUCAACUCAGACUUGGUGAAGAUCGCGGUCGAUGCAGGAAUAAAUGACGGUAACGGGCCUGAUGCCAUGACGAAGACCUACAACUUGGUCGCCAAAUUCAUGCAAGGAAGUGGUUUUCAUCGUGAACUAGUGAAGGCCACACGCGGACCGCUUAAGGAAGCCAUGAUCUACACUGAUGUCAUACCUGUCUUGAAUCGAUUCCAAGCUGAAAUUUGCGAUUCCAGUAACAGAUUGGAUAUCCCAAGUUGCAUUUAUAGUGUUUGCAAGGAGGGUGAAUUUGCGUUGGUGAUGGAGGACAUAAGAUCACUAGGAUAUGUGAACAACGAUAAGCACAAAGGACUCAACCAUAAUCAGAUGCUGAUAGCUGCUGAUAGGCUUGCAAUGCUCCAUGCAGUUUCUUUCUCCUACAAUAAGUGUCAUGAUUUUAAAACAAAGUUUCCAGCAUUUAAAUAUGGAAUUCCCAAACAGAUGGGGCUAUUUAUCACAGUCUUUUUUGAUUUGUGCGUAAAAACUUUGAAGAAAAUUAAUUAUAAUGACAGUUUACAGGAAAAGUUGCAGAGAAUCAGGCCCAUAUUAAGACAUAAGAUUAUGUCCCUGCUGGUAGCAGGAAAGCAUCAAAUCGAAUGCCUUUGCCAUGUGGACUACUGGAACAAUAACUUGAUGUUUAAAUCAGAAACGAAUGAUGGGAUAACCGACCCUGACUCCAUCAUGCUCGUAGACUGGGGUAGCACUGCAUGGCACAAUCCAGUGCUAGACAUUCUGUACUUGAUAUACACAUCCACGACGUUAGAUUACAGGAAAAAAUACAGAGAGGAGAUUCUGAAACGCUAUCAUGACGAGUUCACUGCCAUUACCAACAGACUAGGGGCACCCGCUUCAUCUUGGACUUUCGAGGCCUUCAAAGAAGAAUGCCAAAAGGCGCGCAUUUAUGGGGCAGUAAUGGGCAUGAUGGUGAAUUUGAUCACUUUAGCAAAUCUUAGUGAGAAAAAGCAAAGGCACGAAAGCCGUGCAAGUUCAUCGACCUUAUCUUGGAGGAUAAGCUGUCGCCUUGGAAAGAUAAUGAGCCCGAUUUUCUUUUCAAAAUUCUCUGAACCUCUAAUCUGUGCCUCUGUUAAGAAAUGGAUAGGGCCUCUCUUUGAUGAAGUUGGCAGGGGAGAAAACGAAAUUCUAAACAGACGAUUCUUUGAUAUACUUAAUGAAGCUAAUGAAGACGGUAUUUUUGAUACGUAAAGACGAAGUAUGUGUUUCAGAUUUUUUACUUCUUCUAUUAUGCUGUAUAUUAAUUAGUGAGAAGAUUAUGAUACUAGUUUUCAUUCCGUUUUGCUUUUUGUCAAUGAUCAUUAACCUUGCCUAUAUCAUGCAUUAUCUAACAAAAAGCGUCAUAACUGAAUCCGUAUUACUUUUUUUUUAUAACAUUAGAGCCCCAGUCACCAACCUCAGUUACAAACCAUUUUAACAUGUAGUGUCAAACUAGUUGCGGGCAGUUAGUGACCUAAGAUGGAUGUUCCGAUACCCUUUCGGUGUGGAUUUUAUUAUGCACAA